AUAGAAAAAUAAUAAUAAUAAUAAUUGAAAAACAAGGAAAAAUAAAAAAUAAGAAAGCCUAAGACAAACCAAAACCAAGAGCAUUCACAUAAUUUUUUUCUUUCUUGGCUUUUUGUCGUCGUCUCCUUCUCUCUUCUCUAAACUUAAAACAAUUAAAUAAACAAUAUCACACCACCAUGGACAGCUACGCCGAGCUAGCACCAGCAUCGAAUAUCCGCCGUCGUAACUCCAUAUCCACUCCAGUGAUCCCAGCCAAGCUCUCUCUUCCCACCAAGUCUCGCCACAGCUCGAGCUUUCCCAUCCAAAACCGAAAUGGCUUCGCCUCUCAUCCGCCGCCAUCGCUGAACUUCGAGCUCCUCCCCUUCAAGAACUCUUCUUCCCAACCUUAUACCUCUUUAAAAGACCUCUUACCCUUUUCCCCUUCCGCCGUCGGAAUCAACUCGCCGACGGCAGCUUCCUCCGGCUACGAGAUUUCUAUCCGCAACCGCCUCGUGAAGCAGGCCGCAUGGGCUUACCUCCAGCCCAUGUCCUCCUCUCCCAGCUCCGACGGGUCCCACUUCCUCGGCCGUAUCUGGGUCAGGCUCUCCGCCGUCCACAACCCCAUCACGGCUUGUUUUGGCUUCUUCAAACGACUCGUCGUUCCUACUCUGAUUAGAGCCGUUGAUCGGAUUCUCAUUGCCCUUCGAGUCCGUGCGACAAGAUAACGGUGACUCGCUAUAAUUUCUAAUUACGUUUAUGUUUUGCUUUUCUUUCUUUGGUUGCAAGUUGUAAUGAAAAUAAGUAAAAGAAGCCAUUUUUUGUUUUUAAAUAGAAUGGAAAUCAACAUAUAUUACAGGAAUAAAAAUAAAUAAAUAAAAAAGAAAUGAAUUUCUACA